CAAUUAAUACGACGAUGAAUGAAAGCCAGCGCUUUCUUUGGUUCUAUUCUGCCCCUUUAAACCCAUCCGAAGAAGACAAAAUAAGCACGAAGACGACGACGACGACAACGACGACGAGGAAGAAAGUCUCUUCCGUUUGGACCCUCCGUCCCCUCUCAUUGCCGGCGACCUCAACGUCUCCGCUUGAUCGAUUCCUGCGGGGCCUCGGAAAAACAAACGGCCGAUCGACGCGAAUUUGAGGUUUCAGGGAACUGCGAAACCUAGGUUUCGAGAUUUCCACCGCCACCACAUUAAUCGAAUAAAGGAGGAGAAAAUCGAUAGGAAAUUGGGAGGGAUGCGAGUGUUGGUGGGAGGAAGGAGUGGAAGUGAUGUUACUGAGGCGUCUAAGGUGGAUCAUUGGAUUCAAUCACCAUAAGAUUUCGUCUUCUCCUUCUCCUCCUCCUCCUUCUUCGUCAGCUUCCAGCUCCCCAAAAAGGUUGGUUAAUGCUGCGAAACCUAUUCUCUUACAGCCAGGACAGUCCCCACCCCAUCCAAAGCUUAAAGAGCACCCAAUGUCGGAGUUCGAAGCCUUGCAUGAGGUUGCCAUCUACAUUCAUCGCUUCCAUAAUCUCGACCUCUUCCAACAAGGAUGGUAUCAGAUUAAGAUUACCAUGAGAUGGGAGGAAGGUGGCAACUCUUCCCUCGCCACUCCCUCUAGAGUGGUCCAAUACGACGCACCUGAUUUGGGUUCUAAUGAUGUGUGUGGAGUGUGGAGGAUUGAUGACACUGAUCACAGUUUCUCAACACACCCUUUUCGGAUCAAAUAUGCGAGGCAGGACGUCCUUCUAUCUGUCAUGAUCUCUUUUAACUUAUCACUGGAUAAAUAUGAGGGCUUGUCCACUUCUGCAGUCAUUUUGAAAUUUGAGCUUAUGCAUGCGCCUCUAUUUGCGAAUGGUCUGCAGGCUUCUCCAGAUGCAUACUCAGCUGCAAUCCAUGAAUUUCGGAUUCCUCCUAAAGCUCUUUUAGGAUUGCAUUCAUAUUGCCCUGUUCAUUUUGAUGCCUUCCAUGCUGUGCUUGUUGAUAUUACUGUACACAUCACCUUGUUGAAGGGUGAUGUUCACACUUCCCAGCCGAAGGUAACCAGUGGCUAUACUGCUGUCAAAGAUGUUACUGGAGAAAAUUUAUACAAAUCAAAGCAAGCUGUGCUUGUUAGAGCACUAUUAACUGCCCGAGACAUACUUAUUGAAGAGCUCCAAAAACUCCACAAAUCAAUUAAUCAGACAAUUGAUCUGACUGACUUUACCUCGAAACUGGAUGAUCCAAAGUUGUUUGCUUCUUCUCUGCCAGGAGGUGCGGAGAGUGCACAUACUUUAGUUUCAGCAGAAGCAUCAGCCAAGUCCCAAAUUGGUUCUCAGAAACCAAAUGGAAAUGUUGAUUCCUGGAGCAAUGAGUAUAUCCUAUCCUUAUCCAUGGAUGAACUUUUGAACUCUUUCCAUUCACUUGGGAGUCAAGUAUUGUAUUUGUGGAACACCUUUCUGAAACUCCACAGGGCUAACAGCACAAAGGUUUUGGAGUUUCUGCGUGAUGCAUGGGCUAAUGAUAGGAAAGCUGAAUGGUCAAUAUGGAUGGUGUACUCUAAGGUGGAUAUGCCACACCAAUAUAUAAGUAGCGGGGUUGAUGAUUCCUACCAUGGGCGUGGAAGAACAUCAGUCUUGCGAAAGCUAACUGACGAUCCUGCACAAACUGCAGCAAUGCGGGCUGAGCUUCAUCGGCGUAGUAUUGAGCAAAUGAGGAUCAAUAAUCGGUCUAUACAAGACAUGCAUAUAUUUGGUGAUCUUUCUCGAGUUCCAAUUGUAAUUGUAGAACGUGUCGUGAAUGCACCAUUGCGAACUACCAGUGGAAAUUCAUAUUUCACAGAUCUCAACCAGAAAAAUGCAUCUAGCUUCCUCACUGAUAUUGGUUCUAAGGCGAAAAAGAAAUUGCCUACUGCUAGUCCUCAACAGAGUAGUCGUGUUCUGAAGAUAGUUGUCUUUGUGCAUGGUUUUCAGGGACAUCAUCUGGAUUUGCGGCUUGUUCGGAAUCAAUGGCUUCUGAUAGACCCCAAGGCAGAGUGUCUUAUGUCUGAGGUGAAUGAAGACAAAACAUAUGGCGACUUCCGAGAAAUGGGACUGAGGUUGGCACAGGAGGUAACUAAAUUUGUUAAGAAGAAAAUGGAGAAAGUCUCAAGAUCUGGAAGUUUGAGAAAUAUCAAGCUUAGCUUUGUUGGGCAUUCCAUAGGGAAUGUCAUUAUAAGAGCAGCACUAACAGAGAGCAUCAUGGAGCCAUACCUAAGAUACUUGUAUACAUAUGUUUCUGUAUCUGGUCCACAUUUGGGUUACUUGUACAGCUCAAACUCUUUAUUUAACUCUGGGCUGUGGCUCCUGAAGAAGCUCAAGGGCACACAGUGCAUUCAUCAGCUUACUUACACUGAUGAUCCGGAUCUCCAAAAUACCUUCUUCUACAAAUUAAGCAAGCAAAAGACGCUGGAGAAUUUCAAGAAUAUAAUCCUGUUAUCUUCACCCCAGGACGGAUAUGUCCCUUAUCAUUCUGCUAGAAUAGAAAUGUGCCAGGGAGCUGCAGGAGAUAUCUCAAAGAAGGGGAAAGUCUUCAUGGACAUGUUGAAUGAUAGCUUGGAUCAGAUACGCGCACCAUCCUGCGAGCAUAGGUUGUUCAUGCGAUGCGAUGUCAAUUUUGACGUCUCUUCCCAGGGCAGGAACUUGAAUACCUUCAUAGGACGCGCUGCACAUAUAGAGUUUCUGGAGUCGGAUGUUUUUGCAAGGUUUAUUAUGUGGUCUUUCCCAGAACUAUUUCGAUGAUGACUCGUGGAGCUUCUCCCGGUCAAUUCAGCAGCUUCUACUGUCUGCACACGGGCAAAUUAAGGGACCAGGAACAAAGUGCAUCCUUGACAUUGACACUGGCAGCAUAUAGUAAAUGGUUUGGGGGCAAAUGCUUAAGGCGUUCAACCCCAGUUAGAAGCUUUUUCAUUUUUCUUUUCUUUGUAAAUUAUUU